AUCACGUCGCCCAGUGGAGCUAGCUAGAGAUAAAGUUUAAGGGAAGAUUAGUACAGUUUGCAAGCAUGUUGUGACGUCGAGGCACAUUUGCAAUCGUUGAAACCGACACCGUUUUUGUGUUGUUAUUGAAGUCAUUCUAGUCCCUAGGCAAAAUAUUGCCAUAUAGUGCUGGUCCAGCAGCAGAAGGUGGAUUUACGCUACAUGUGAAGGGUUGAAUUCUUGUUUUGUGAAAUGAAAGUGAAGUGCUUGCUUCGGUUAGUUUGAUGGACUCCAUCUUGAAGAGCAGAAAGCGUUUGGCUUUCAGUAGAUCGGUGGUUGUAGCAUUAUGUUUAGGUUUCAUUGGAGGCAUGGUUCUGCAAAGCAUUACCGGUAUGCCACCACUGCUUGGGGAUGGUCGCUUUGUUCUGGACGCAGCAGGUUCUAGGUCUAUACAACCUGUACGGCGUUGCGACUGCGUUCAGAAUGCUACUCACGAAAUUCAACCCCCUAGUGGAGUGCCUUCAACCGGGACUGGUGUCCAAAAACUUGAUCAAUCCUCGCCACCACCUUGUUGGCGAAACGAGACGGUCGAAUUGGUGCCACCAUCAGAAGGAAGUACAAACCAAAUCGGGUCGCAGAAUUGUUUGAGAGAUGAGAGUGAAUAUGAAUGGCGAGCUGUCAAAAAGCUGCCUCAGCAGUUCAUUCAUACGAAUUCAGACUACCAUCGCCGUAAUUAUACCAAGCUGCCGCCUCAGGACAAGCCUCCGCUGAACAUGAGUCUCCUUGCAAUGGCAGUUGGGUUCAAGCACAAGACCCACGUCGACGCCAUCGUUCGUAGGUUUUCCGGAGAUCAUUUUCAAGUGGUGCUGUUCCACUACGAUAAUACCGUCGACAAGUGGAGGCAAUAUGACUGGUUCCAGCGAGUGCUGCACAUCCAGAGCGAAGGCCAAGGCAAGUGGUGGUUUGCAAAACGUUUUCUGCAUCCAGACGUGGUGGCACCAUACGAAUACAUUUUCAUCUGGGACGAAGACCUCAAUGUUAAAAAUUGCGACCCUCACAAAUUCAUUGACGUGAUGAGGAGGAAUGAGCUGCAAAUCGCGCAACCAGGACUUGAGGGAGUUUCACACUGGCCGGUGACGAGACAUGUAAAGCAUCCUCAAAACGAGACAGAGAUACACCUUCGCACUUCCAUGGGAAAAUCAAACGGCCAGCCGUGCUCGAAUACCAACAUCACAGCCCCUCCAUGUGCAGGGUACGUAGAAAUCAUGGCCCCGGUGAUUGAGCACAAGGUCUGGCGUUGCGUAUGGCACAUGAUUCACAACGACCUAAUCGGAGGCUGGGGUCUCGACUUCCUCCUACACGUAUGCGUGGAUGGACCUCCGGAGAAGCACAUCGGCAUUGUGGACUCUCAAUUCGUGGUUCACGACGACGGACGCUCUAUUUACGCGAAGGCUGAAGGAAAUCAAACUGCCAACGCCGCGAAUGAUUACGGGAAAGCGGUUUUGCGAAGGAACUAUUGGGAGCUUGAAGAAUAUUUUAAGAGAUGGGGAGCAGCAUUAUCAGCGAAUAAUACUAAGUCAUAGCAUGCAAGCCUUCUUCGAACAUCUUAUGGAUAGAAAUCACGCUAUGUGCAUUUUCAACAAUUAGAUAUUAUAAUCCUCAAAGAACUUUAUUUAGAUGAAAACUGUAUAUUAGAGAUUCUGAAACACUUGGAGAAUGAAAAUUCAUGACUAGCUCGUACCAAAUUGUGAAUCGAAUAAAUGUUUCUUCCCCUGGAUUUACAAAAAAAAUUGGUAGAAAUGAAUUUGUAUAUAUAUGCAUAUGCAUACGUAUUUUUUCAUUUAA